AUGGACUUCCAGAGGACUGUACAUGCCCAGUGUGCGAUCAGGUCGGCACUGCGAGCGCCAGUAGUAACUCAAUGUGGCCACUCCUUUUGUAAAGAAUGCAUCAGUUUCCCUGAAAAUGGGUAUGUAACAAUCAAGUCUGCAACACGGAGAUCGCACCAGAUUCACUUGAACCGAACAAGGAGAAGCGGCGUCAGGUCCAAUCACUACUCGUCAAGUGUCCAUUUGUGCGAAACGGUUGCCAAUGGUGCGGAACUCUUCAAAGAAAUGCAGAAACAUGCUGACUCCUGCCCAUACCAUGGUGUUGCAUGUCCGAAUUGUAACAAGACGGUUCCCGAACGGGAUAUGUCAACACAUUUGGUGGAGUGCCAAAAGAAUGUUGGAAAAUGCCCCUACUGCGACAUUGUGACAACAAGUAUGGAAAAACAUCUGAAGGUCUGCAUUCGAAAAGCUCAAGGACUUCUGUAUUCGGCACUAUUGUAA